AUGAUGAUUCUAAAGGUCUUGAUAUUCUUCACCUUUCUUCAAUUCCCUUUGGUGGAUUCUUGUUAUGUUCGUCUGAAGGGAACUUGUGAAGAUGGAUGGACGUAUUAUGAGCGAAAAACAACUGGAUGGUGUAUGAAAGUUUUUGUUGAAGGAUUGAUGGCUAAGACAACAGCUGAAUCUUAUUGUGAUGAAAAUGGAGCUGUUCUAUCAUCAAUCGAUGACUUGGCAAUGCAAAAUGUGAUUUUGAGUUUGAUUAGUGCUCAAAAUGCUAAACUUACUUGGCUUGGUGCAAAAUUAAAAUCCGAAUGCCGAUGUGGAGAAGCUCUUUGCGCAGACCCAAAUAAUGAAUGUGGUCCAAAAGGUUAUUAUUGGACUGAUGGUUACACAACUUCUAAUGAUUACAUCAAAAAUAAUCUGAAUGUGACGAGUAGUAUAACCGAUGGUCAAAUAGUUUGGUUGACAAAAGAGGGACUGAUUAUUUCUCAUUUGGGUGGUUAGUUGGAAUAUACAUAUAUUGAAUCGACUAUUAUUUUCAGAACUCGAUAUAUCUGCUAUUCUCAAUGCCAGUAUGGAUUCGGUGAUUUGUGGGAGAUCAGCGUCUAAUUGA